CAAAGAGGGCCCUGGGGUGGGGCUGCCCAACCCUGAGCACUGGAGAGUAGGGGACAGGCAGCACAGCUGACACAUGGAUGACCUUUUCCCUACAUUCGGCUAUUUUUAGCUCUAAUGCUACCAUCCUCACGUGAGACCCUUUAGGCCCCCCCAGGUUACCAGACCUCUGAGUAAUCUCAGCUUGCAGAAACCGGGACCGCCCCCACUCCUGAUUCCCACCACAGAGGGAAGGGGAUUCUGGUUGCCGCCCCACAUCUGUUUUCUCAACCCAAAUUUGGGAGUGGGUGUCAGGUUCCCGGUGAGGGCGGGGCGGGGAUGGCCAGGCCUGAAGGACGUGGGGACACGGGCCAGAGCUACUCGCCCCACACGCUGACAGGAGCGAACCCAACCCGUGAGUGGAGUGGGGGGCAACACAGGGCCACCGGUCCGGCUCAGAGUCCCAGAGCAGAGCAGGGGACCAGGACGGCGCCGGGGUCCCUCCCAGGCGGGGCUGGGAGUGCCCAGACCCGGCCUUGCUCCAGACCAACUCUGCGUCUCGCCCCCACCCCGAGGCAGCCAUUCUGCAGAUUUUACGGCUCGACCCCUGCACCACCGUGACGGACCCUGCCCGGAACGCGGGCGCGAGGGUUCCGCGGCCGUUGGUGACGACCAACCUCCAGGAUGGCGGAAGCGCACCAGGCCGUGGCCUUCCAGUUCACGGUGACCCCAGAUGGGGUCGACUUCCGGCUCAGUCGGGAGGCCCUGAAACACGUCUACCUGUCUGGGAUCAACUCCUGGAAGAAACGCCUGAUUCGCAUCAAGAAUGGUAUCCUUAGGGGUGUGUACCCUGGCAGCCCCACCAGCUGGCUGGUCGUCGUCAUGGCAACCGUGGGUUCUUCCUACUGCAAAGUGGACAUCUCCAUGGGACUCAUCUGCUGUAUCCAGAGAUGCCUCCCUGAGGGAUGUGGCCCCUACCGGACCCCACAGACCCGGGCACUUCUCAGCAUGGCUAUCUUCUCCACGGGGGUCUGGAUGAUGGGCAUCUUCUUCUUCCGCCAAACCCUGAAAAUGCUUCUUUCCUACCAUGGCUGGAUGUUUGAGAUGCACGGCCAGACCAGCCACUUCACCAAAGUCUGGGCUUUCUGUGUCCGCCUUCUGUCCAGCCGGCGGCCCAUGCUCUACAGCUUCCAGACAUCCCUGCCCAAGCUUCCUGUGCCCAGUGUGCCAGCCACAAUUCACCGGUACCUGGAGUCUGUGCGGCCCUUGCUGGAUGAUGAGGAAUAUUACCGAAUGGAGACGCUGGCCAAAGAAUUCCAGGACAAGACUGCUCCCAGGCUGCAGAAGUACCUGGUCCUCAAGUCAUGGUGGGCAACUAACUAUGUGAGUGACUGGUGGGAAGAGUACGUGUAUCUGCGCAGCAGGGCCCCCCUCGUGGUGAACAGCAACUACUAUGUCAUGGACUUUGUGCUCAUCAAGAACACAGACAUACAGGCAGCCCGCCUGGGAAACAUCGUCCACGCUAUGAUCAUGUAUCGUCGUAAACUGGACCGUGAAGAGAUCAAGCCUGUGAUGGCACUGGGCAUCGUGCCCAUGUGCUCCUACCAGAUGGAGAGGAUGUUCAACACCACCCGGAUCCCAGGCAAGGAGACAGACCUGCUACAGCACCUCUCCGACAGCAGGCACGUGGCCGUCUACCACAAGGGCCGCUUCUUCAAGGUGUGGCUCUACGAGGGCUCGCACCUGCUCAAGCCUUGUGACCUGGAGAUGCAGUUCCAGAGGAUCCUGGAUGACCCCUCCCCACCUCAGCCUGGGGAGGAGAAGCUGGCAGCCCUCACUGCGGGGGGAAGAGUGGAGUGGGCACAGGCACGCCAGGCUUUCUUCAGCUCCGGCAAGAACAAGACUGCUCUAGACGCCAUCGAGCGCGCUGCUUUCUUUGUGGCCCUGGACGAGGAGUCUCCCCACUACGACCCUGAAGAUGAGGCCAGCCUCAGCCUCUAUGGCAAGGCCCUACUUCACGGCAACUGCUACAACAGGUGGUUCGACAAGUCUUUUACUAUCAUUGCCUUCAAGAAUGGCCAGCUGGGCCUCAACACGGAACACGCGUGGGCAGACGCCCCUAUCAUAGGGCACCUCUGGGAGUUUGUCCUAGGCACUGACACCUUCCACCUGGGCUACACGGAGACUGGCCACUGCCUGGGCAAACCGAACCCCAUGCUUGCAGCUCCCCAGCGGCUGCAGUGGGACAUUCCCGAGCAGUGCCAGGCGGUCAUCGAGAGCUCCUACCAGGUGGCCACAGCGCUGGCAGACGAUGUGGAGCUGUAUUGCUUCCAGUUCUUGCCAUUUGGCAAAGGCCUCAUCAAGAAGUGUCGGACCAGCCCUGACGCCUUUGUGCAGAUUGCCCUGCAGCUGGCCCACUUCCGGGACAGGGGCAAGUUCUGCCUGACCUAUGAAGCUUCCAUGACUAGAAUGUUCCGAGAGGGACGGACCGAGACUGUACGUUCCUGUACCAGCGAGUCCACAGCCUUUGUUCAGGCUAUGGUGAAGGGGUCCCACAUGAAAGCAGAUCUCCAAGAUCUCUUCCGGAAAGCUUCCAAGAAACACCAGAAUAUGUACCGCCUGGCCAUGACAGGGGCUGGGAUAGACAGGCACCUCUUCUGCCUUUACGUGGUCUCCAAGUACCUGGGGGUCAGCUCCCCUUUCCUGGCUGAGGUGCUCUCAGAACCCUGGCGCCUCUCCACCAGCCAGAUCGCUCAAUUCCAGAUCCGUAUGUUUGACCCAGAGCAGUACCCGAAUCACUUGGGCGCCGGUGGUGGCUUUGGCCCUGUGGCAGAUGAUGGCUAUGGGGUUUCCUACAUGAUUGCGGGCGAAAACACCAUCUUCUUCCACAUCUCCAGCAAGUUUUCAAGCUCAGAGACAAAUGCCCAGCGCUUUGGGAACCACAUCCGCCAGGCUCUGCUGGACAUCGCUGAUCUUUUCCAAGUUCCCAAGGCUGACAGCUGAGAGCUGGAGAAAUGCCAGCUGCCCUUUCAUCCCCACGUUGUGGAGGGAGGGGCCUGUGGUCGGCUCACAGGCACAGGGUGGCCUUGCACAGGUGUCCAGGCUCCAAGGACAGUUCUGGCAGCCGGCACUUUCCAGGCAGAUAGAUGCUGCUGGCUGAGGGCCCAGGUGGUGAAGGUGGGGUUGGAGCAGGGAGGGGAUUUUGAUUUUCUUUUUCUUGCUAGAUACUAAUAAAGAUAAGGCUGUGUAAUUUUCUCUUA